CACAUUAUCGAGAGCAGGUCUCUCCAGUUGUUCCUGGGCAGGCGCGUUUGAAAGGGUGCCGCCGAGGGCGGCCUCAGAGGGGCAGGGAGCACCCAACCCUCCCUGGCAAGGGAGAAGAUGCUUGCCUGCUGCACCCCACCAGAAAGCCCACCUCGCUGCCAGCCUUAACCCCACCUGACUCCUCAUCAGGGGAGGGGAGCUCGCCACAGCUGGAAGGCACUGGACAGGUGAAUGGACAGCGACCCCACAUUGAAAGAAAUCAAAUCAGGAACCGCCGAUGCUGAUCCGACGCCUCGGCCGUCCCCCGGAGCGUCCUGACAUGCAUUUUUGCUCACAAAGCAUCACUGAAGAAUGGGGCUCAACUUGACACUUGCCAGACUACCAAAUGACGGGGCUCACGGCCAAGGGAGUCUCACCUCAAGUAACUCCAGUGCUGGGUUCCGAGCGAAUGCCACCCUGCACAAUGAGUUUGACACUAUCAUCCUGCCUGUGCUCUACCUGGUCCUGUUCGUGGCCAGCAUCCUGCUGAACGGGCUGGCAGUGUGGAUCUUCUUCCACAUCAGGAAUAAAACCAGCUUCAUAUUUUACCUCAAGAACAUAGUGGUGGCUGACCUUGUCAUGACACUGACGUUUCCCUUUCGGAUUGUGCACGAUGCAGGCUUUGGCCCCUGGUACUUCAAGUUCAUCCUCUGCAGAUACACGUCGGUUCUGUUUUAUGCAAACAUGUACACAUGCAUCGUGUUUCUCGGGCUGAUCAGCAUCGACCGCUACCUGAAGGUGGUGAAGCCCUUUGGGGACUCGCGAAUGUACAGCGUGACCUUCACAAAGGUGCUGUCUGGCUGUGUGUGGGCGGUCACAGUUCUGCUGUCCUUGCCAAACAUCAUCCUCACCAACGUUCAGCCCACCCAGGAGAACAUCCAUGAUUGCAUGAGGCUCAAAAAUCCGCUAGGUGUCCGGUGGCAUCGGGCUGUUGUUUACGUCCACAGCUGCCUGUUCGUGGUGGUGCUGGUGAUUUUGAUCGGCUGCUACAUUGCCAUUUCCAGAUAUAUCCACAAAUCCAGCCGGCAGUUCAUCAGCCAGUCUAGCCGGAAGCGCAAGCACAACCAAAGCAUCCGGGUUGUUGUGGCUGUGUUCUUCACCUGCUUCCUGCCCUACCAUCUGUGCAGGAUCCCCUUCACCUUCAGCCACCUGGACAGGCUCCUGGAUGAGUCCGCACACAAGAUCCUGUACUACUGCGAGGAAAUGACGCUUUUCUUGUCUGCGUGCAACGUUUGCCUGGAUCCAAUAAUUUACUUUUUCAUGUGCAGGUCAUUUUCAAGAAGGUUGUUCAAGAAAUCCAAUAUCAGAACCAGAAGUGAGAGCAUCAGGUCACUGCAGAGUGUCAGAAGGUCGGAAGUCCGCAUAUAUUAUGACUAUACUGAUGUGUGAGGCUGGGGCGGGGGGUAUCCCUGUGGGGGUUCUUGUACAGAGUGUAAAUAAAUGUCACUUUCCAUUAUUGUG